AUGCGUCCCCUCCUCGCCGAAGACCUCAACCCCGCCGUCCGCAAUGUGCAGUACGCCGUCCGCGGCGAGCUCGCCAUCAAGGCCGAGGACCUCCGCCUCCAGCUCCAGUCCGGCAACAAGGACUUGCCCUUCCUGAAGGUCAUCUCCUCCAACAUCGGCAACCCCCAACAAAAGGGACUCGACCAGCCGCCGUUGACAUUCACGCGUCAGGUUGCGGCCCUCAUGGAGUACCCGCCUCUCGCGGACCUUGUCCAGGGCAAGUGGCCACAAGAUGUCAUCGACCGCGCCAAGGAGCUGCAGGAGGAGAUCGGGUCCAUUGGUGCAUACUCGCAUAGCAAGGGCGUUCCCCUCAUCCGCAAGAGCGUCGCCAAGUUCAUCGAAGAGCGUGACGGCUUCCCGAGCGACCCCGAACACAUCUUCCUGACCACCGGCGCGUCCGCCGGCGUUUCCCUCAUUCUCAACGUUCUCAUUACCCCCAACGUGACUGGCGUCCUCAUCCCCAUACCCCAAUACCCGCUCUACACCGCAACGCUCGCGCAGUUCUCCGGCGUUGCCCUUCCCUACCAUCUCUCCGAGCCGGACGGCUGGUCGACCUCACUCGAUGAGAUCAGGUCUGCGCUUGUCAAGGCCGAAAAGGACGGUGUCAAGCCCAAGGCCCUUGUCGUGAUCAACCCCGGCAACCCCACGGGCGCGAUCCUCGACAAGCGCACGAUGGAGGACGUCGUCCGUCUAUGCGAGGAGCACUCCCUCGUUCUCCUCGCCGACGAGGUCUACCAGGCGAACCUCCACCGCCCCGACACCCACCCCUUCCACUCCUUCAAGCAGGUCGUGCGCGAGCUCCAGUCCCCCAUCCCGCUCUUCUCCUUCCACUCCAUCUCCAAGGGCGUCAAGGGCGAGUGCGGCCGGCGCGGCGGCUACUUCGAGUGCACGAACGUCUCGGAUGAGGUCCGCGCGCUCCUCUACAAGAUGGCCUCCGUCACGCUCUGCCCGCCGCUCUCGGGCCAGAUCGGCGUCGAUUGCCUCGUGCGCCCGCCCCGACCGAACGACCCCUCAUAUCCGCUCUGGAAGGAGGAGACGAGCACGAUCCACGCUGCGCUCCGCCACCGCACACAACUCAUGGCGAGCCGCCUCAACGCGCUCCCCGGCGUCUCUUGCGUCGACUCCCCAGGGGCGCUCUACCUGUACCCCAAGGUGGAGCUCCCGGAGAAGGCGGUCGAGGAGGCGAAGAGGCUGGGGAAGAGCCCAGACACGCUAUAUGCGCUCGAGCUGCUCGACGCGACGGGCAUUUGUGUCGUGCCCGGGUCCGGGUUCGGGCAGAAGGAUGGGGAGCACCACUACCGGCUGACGUGCCUUUGUCCGGGUGUGGAGGAGUACGUCGGCGCGUUGGAGACAUUCCACAAGCAGUUCGUCCAAAAGUAUGGUGGGCUUUGA